AUGGCCGAAAUGCAGACCGCGAAACGGACCUUCCGCCUCAACUUCCUCGGCGACGUCAUGCUGGGCCGCCUGAUCGACCAGCUGUUCCCGCAGCACGUGUACAACCCGGAGGAAGCCAGCAUCGUCGCCGCAUUCCGCCAGCGACACCCCAAGCUGCAAGGGGAGUACACGCCCGCGCACCCCUGGGGCAGCACGCUGCCGCUGCUGCAGCAGGCCGACCUCAACCUGAUCAACCUCGAGACGUCGGCGACGACGCACGACGAGCCCUGGCCCAACAAGGCCUUCAACUACCGCAUGCACCCCGCCAAUGCGGCGGCGGCGCUGCAGCGGGCACGCAUCGACUAUGCCAGUCUGGCGAAUAACCACACGCUGGACUUUGGGCCGGAGGGGCUGGUCGAGACCGCCUGGACGUUGAAAAAGGCCCGCAUUGCGUUCGCGGGCGCCGGCGAGACCACCGAGGAGGCCAUCAGUCCCGCCAUUCUCGCUCUGCCCCGCGGGGAGCGCGGGUCCCGCGAGGGCGGGCAGCGGGAGGAUCCCGCCUCGCGGCCUUCCCACACCAAGACUUCCGCUGGCGGGGAGGAACAGGAACAGAAACAGGAGGACGACAAGCAAACACACGCCAUCCACGUCUGGUCCGCCUCAGACCAUCCGCGCGACUGGGCCUCCGUGCCAACAUUCCACCUGAUCGACUACUCAGCAUCCACGCGCUCGCGGCUCAAGCGACUGCUGACCGAGCGCCCGCGCCCCGAGGCCAACACGGCCUCGACGCGGCCCGCGCUGAAGAUCUUCUCGGUGCACUGGGGCCCCAACUACACGUGGGAGCCGCUGUCGGAGAUCCGGGCGCUGGCACACUUCCUGAUCGACGAGUGCGACGUCGACAUUGUGCACGGCCACUCGUCGCAUCAUGUCCAGGGCGUGGAGAGGCCGCGACCGGGCAAACUGAUCAUCUACGGCUGCGGGGAUUUCGUCGACGAUUAUGCGCUGACGGAGCGGUUUCGGAAUGAUCUGGGAGCGGUGUGGAGGGUGAAUGUCAGAGAAGAAGAAGAGGAAGAAACAAACGAACAGUCUGGGAAAAGACUACGUCUCCGUCCGUCUACACUGGAGAUCUUCCCCACCCGCAUCCAGCAUUUCCAGGCCCAUCUCCUCGACCGGUCCGAUCCGGACCAUGACUGGGUACGCGAGAGGAUCACCACGCUGACGCGGGAUUUGAUGGGGUCCACGGAGAUUGUGCGACCGGAGCUGGGCGACGAGGGGCAGUUGAUUGUUGAUUUGGAGUAG